AGGUCCCCACCUCCUCUCUCAGCGAUAUAACAGGUCGAGGGCCGCCACCCUCCACGGCCGUCCGAACUCCUGUCUCGGUCUCUCGCUUCGCUCUCCUCUCCAGACAACAUGAGCUUCACCACCCGCUCCACCACCUUUUCCACCAACUACCGGUCCCAGGGCUCCGUGCGGACGCCCAGCCAGCGGGUCCGUCCUGCCAGCAGCGCGGCCAGCGUCUAUGCAGGUGCUGGGGGCUCCGGUUCCCGGAUCUCCGUGUCCCGCGCCACAAGCGUCUGGGGUGGCUCCAUGGGGUCUGCGGGCCUGGUUGGAAUGGGUGGCAUCCAGACCGAGAAGGAGACCAUGCAAGAGCUGAACGACCGCCUGGCCAGCUACCUGGACAGGGUGAAGAGCCUGGAGACUGAGAAUAGGAGACUGGAGAGCAAAAUCCGGGAACAUCUGGAGAAGAAGGGGUCCCAGGGCGUCAGAGACUGGGGCCACUAUUUCAAGAUCAUCGAGGACCUGAGGGCUCAGAUCUUUGCAAAUUCUGUGGACAAUGCCCGCAUCGUCCUGCAGAUCGACAAUGCUCGUCUUGCUGCUGAUGACUUCAGAGUCAAGUAUGAGACAGAACUGGCCAUGCGCCAGUCUGUGGAGAACGACAUCCACGGACUCCGAAAGGUAGUGGAUGACACCAACAUCACCAGGCUGCAGCUGGAGACAGAAAUUGAAGCCCUCAAGGAGGAACUGCUGUUCAUGAAGAAGAAUCACGAGGAGGCAAUCAAGGGACUGGAAGCCCAGAUUGCCAGUUCCGGGCUGACCGUGGAGGUGGAUGCCCCCAAAUCUCAGGACCUCAGCAAGAUCAUGGCUGACAUCCGGGCCCAGUAUGAGGAGCUGGCUCAGAAGAAUCGUGAGGAACUGGACAAGUACUGGUCCCAGCAGAUUGAGGAGAGCACCACGGUAGUCACCACCCAGUCUGCUGAAAUCAGAGAUGCCGAGACCACACUCACGGACCUGAGGCGCACCUUCCAGGCCUUGGAGAUUGACCUGGAAGCCAUGAAAAAUCAGAAGAUCAGCUUGGAGAACAGCCUUAGGGAUGUGGAGGCCCGAUACAGCAUGCAGAUGGAGCAGCUUAAUGGGGUCCUUCUACACCUGGAGUCAGAGCUGGCCCAAACCCGGGCAGAGGGGCAGCGCCACCAGGAAUAUGAAGCCCUGCUGAACAUCAAGGUCAAGCUUGAGGCUGAGAUUGCCACCUACCGCCGCUUGCUGGAAGAUGGGGAAGACUUCAGUCUCAACGAUGCCCUGGACUCCAGUAACUCCUUGCAGACUGUCCAGAGGACAACCACCCGAAAGGUCGUGGAUGGCAAAGUGGUGUCCGAGACCAACGACACCAGAGUUCUGAGGCACUGAGGCUGACAAGGAGGCGACCCCUGGGGACUAAGGGACCAAUAAAAGUUGAGAAGUCUCUGGACA